CGUGCAAGAUUUACAGGCGCAGAUUUAGUUUUUUUUUUUGCCAGAAAUCGAACAUAUUUUCAGACCCAUCUAAAAAUUUUAUAAUUAGUCUGGUAACAGGAGGACCUAAUUCUUGAAUUAUGUGAAAACAGCAUAACGUUAAAACAUGGAGAGAAACUUAAAGUUUUCAUGUUUAAGUAAAAGUCUAUGCAAGUGUUUUGGCAAACUUGGAAGAAACAUCGCACAGCAUCCGUAUUACUUCAUCUUUGUGCCUUCCAUUUUUAGUGCCUUACUAUCUGUUGGAUUGUUCAACAUGAAAUAUAUUGAUGAUAACAAUUACUUGUUAUCUGCUGACAGAGGAAAUAUUUUUGAAAUUCGACAAUUCAUAGACAAAACAUUUCCAAUGAACACUUCAGAAUUUUACGAUUUACAAAGGAUAACUCAUCGUCCAGUCACACCUAUGAUCUACAUAAAACACAAAAAAGAUAAAAACAUGUUACAGAAAAAUGUUUUACUCGAAGUUAAAAUGAUAAGCGAAAUAGCAAAUAACGUCACGGUUCAUGUUGAUAAAAGACAAAUUGGUUACAACGAUGUUUGUGGACGGGUAUAUGAAAAAUGUUUCGAAAAUCCUAUUUCUACUUUGUUAAAUCAUUCGGAUGAUGUGGUUUCUAAGAGACGGAAAUUCAAGUAUCCCAUAGAUAUCGAUCCUUUAACGUUUUCAUAUAAGAUAAUGUUAUUGAAUUUAGGAGGUGUGAUCGUUGACAGUAACGAUUAUGUAGAAGAAGUAUACGCCAUGCGUUUAUUUUAUCCAUUGGACUAUAGUAACACAAGUAAAACAGACUGGACUAAAGCUUGGAGUAAAGCUCUUCACAGAAAAAUAAAGGAAAGCAAUUUUAAGUAUAUUGAUACUUUCCUCGAGCCAUUCGCUUCGACGGAUGCUCAUGUUAUGUCAGAUUUGCAGGAGAUAAUACCAUUUAUAAGCGUCACUAUAAUCGUGGUAUGUCUCUUCAGCAUGCUGAGUAACAUGACUAAUAGUUGGAUUAGAAGCAAACCGUGGAUGGGUGUAGCUAGUGUCAUGUCAGCCGGAAUGGCUGUAGCUUCCUCGUUUGGAUUACUAUUUGCUUGCGGAGUAGAAAGCACAUAUUAUAACGUUGCUCUCCCAUUUGCAAUUCUGGUAACAGAAGUGGACGAUUCUUUCGUAGUGAUCGCGUGUUGGAGAACAACUAAUACUCGUGAUUCUGUUGAAAAGCGAAUGGAGGAUACGUAUUCGAAUGCAGCAGUAUCCAUAACUAUAACUUCGUUAACCAACUUUUGUUCUUAUUGUAUUGCAAUGAACUGUCCAUUUCCACUGACGUUUUUCGGAGGUUGUCUGGCUUUGAGUGGAUACAGAGAAGAGAAAGGGCUUAAUCCCAUUUCUUGUAAAUCUGUUUCAGAACGCAGCAUAACUUAUAAUUAUGAAGAAGAGACGCAAGAAGACGUUUUCAUGAAGUUCUUCAAGGACAAAUUUGCGCCGUUUCUUCUUUAUUCUUCAAGCAAAAUUAUUAUUUUACUUGUCUAUGUCGUUAGUUUAUCUUUUAGUAUAUGGGGCAUUAUUUCUUUGAACGAAGGUUUUGAUGUUUUUGGUGUUUAUCCCGAAAAUUCAGAGAUCACCCAAUCACUUCGAGUAUAUUAUAAAUAUUUUACUGAAUAUCCAUUUAGUAUUCACAUAGUGAUUAACGAAACAUUGGAUUAUUCGAAUACAGUUGUUCAGAAGUCACUAGACGAGAUGAUUAAGAAGUUUCAGUCUCAUCCAAACGUGGCAGAUAUGGAUAUUUCUUGGUUGAAGUAUUACAAAGAUUUUCAACAUCAUUCAGCAGCAAAAUAUUCUUUUAUGGGAUACGAUUUAUCCACUAAAGAAGAUUUUAUCGAUGCUUUACGAAAUGUUUUUUUGAAAUUUCCAGGAGCCAAACAUUACGAGAAUGAUAUCGUAUUUAAUCAUAAUUAUACGGAUAUUAUUUGCAGUCGUUUCUUUCUUUUAGCAAGAAAUAUUUCGGAUAAAAGCAUGGAGUCGAAAUUAAUCAAAGAUAUAAGAAUGAUGGCAGAAAAAUUUUCUUUCUCUAUUCUUAUUCACACUAUGAUUUCGCCUAUGGUUGAGCAAAUUAAAGGGAAAUUGGACGGGAAUAUUUCCAAAAAUACUUUGUGGGAUGGAUGGCAAGAAGUUAAGGAUAACAUCAACUGUCUAACCAAUGUUCCACUGAUCGAAGUGGAACCAUUAAAAAAUGAUGGAGUGGAGGUCUUAUCAUUAAUUGGGAACGAAGAAUUUAGCUUGGAAAAAGAAAAUUUAUUCGAGCUUGGAGCUUGCAGUACAAGUUCUCUUGAACCAUUACAUUAUAUACAGAAUAUAGUUCUCGAAGGAAAUGUGGAAGCACCUUGUGAAAUAUUUGAGAGGGAAGCUCCUGAAUCUGCAAGUACGUUAUUUAUCAAGUCAAACGCGCGACCUAUUUUGACUUUGGUGCAAAAACCUGUUUCUGGUACUCACCAGCAUGAAGAUAUGCUGGCGUUUUAUAAUUUUAUAUUUCUCGAGAUCUAUACAUGA